AUGGCAGGUGUGCUCCCUGCAGGUGUCCAGCUUGCUGCUUCCCGUCGUGUGUCUUGUAAACUUGCAAAAUGUUUCCAACUCGAGGAAGGAACCAAACGGGGCCCAUGUAUGUAUUGGGUUCAUGCUUGCCUUCCCGUCCAGAUGAUACCUACCUACCUUAGGUACCGUACCUAUGCUUAG